ACUUAUUUCUGCGUGAGUUAUUUGUCGCUACACCAGCCCCCAAAACACUGAAGAAGAGGAAGACUGACUUUUCGAGAACAACAAAAAAUAUAUACAUAAAACCAGUCGAGGUGAUGAGAUAUUGACAGGUCGCUCAGCAGCCUGACCACAACACCCAUAAGUCUGGUAAUUACAAGUUGCAGAAUAGGAGAUGGCUGCAGCGGGGGGCCCCAGUGUGGAGACAGUUGUUAAGGAGAAGCUGGUAAAGGCAAAGGAGUUCAAAGUAAAGGGCAAUGAGCACUUCAAACAACAGCAAGUCAAGAAGGCCAUUAAGAGUUAUCAUAGUGGAUUGCUAUACCUCAAGGGCAUCAACCAAGACCUCAACCCCAACAAGCUGCUGGUCCCCACCGAACCUCCACCAACCAUCACCAAGGAGGCCAAAGCUGAAGUGGACUCACUCUCUGCUGACCUACACAACAACAUAGCAGCAUGCCUGUUGAAAUUGGAGCCAGUGAAGUAUGAGCGGGUGGUUGAGUGUUGCCAGGAGGUGACAGAGCUACAGCCGAACAAUGUGAAAGGCUGGUAUCGCCUUGGUCUGGCACACCACAACCUGCGGAACUUUGAUGCUGCUAAGGAUGCCUUAAAGGCAGCCAACCAGAUAGCUGAGGGUCAAGACAUGGCAGUGAGAAAGCUGAUGGUGGCUGUGGAUCAGGAACUCAAGAGGGAAAACCAAAAAUUCAAUGACAUGUUUAAAAACAGCCUUCUAGCAAAGAAAACGUGAUAUCCCCUCACCAUGGCAACUGUGUUGUCUCCUGUUUUUUGCUCCCGGCUACUAUACGCUGUUUUCUUCUGCUACUGCCAGCGGGAAAUCUUUGUCUGGCAGUGGCUGAAGCAAGUGUUUCACAGCAAAUUGACAGAACACUGAAUCCUGACAAAGUUCUUGGCAGCAGUCCUGACUUUCACUCAUUUUAUUAGUUUGCAAUUGUGAUCACAGUGAUAAAAUAUCAUAACUUGUCACUAAAGUUUGCAGAAGUUUGAUUUUCUAGUUUGACUGUGAGAAAAGUUGAUGACAAAUCUGAACAUGUUAAUGUUAGUGACGAUGUUAUCUAUGUUUGGGUUGAAGUAUUAUGAUUACAGCUACAAAGAGUUAUUCAUGUCUUAACACUGUGGGAGACACUUGUGCAGAAUAUUUGUGUGAAAGUGGUUUGCCUUGGUAUGAAUAUUGUGUGAAUCCCAUUUUAUUUUAUAAUGUUAAUAUUUUGUCCACUGUAUUGGCUUACAGCAGGACUGGGCUACAGGAGGAACAGAAAUAAGGGAAAAUGUAUAUUUAGGUGAUUGUUGAAUACAAUAUGCAUAAUUUAAAUUCUUGAAUACUUGUUUUUUUUGAAAAGGCACUUCAGAUAAAUUUUUGAGAAGCACCGCUACAAAGUCUUUGUAUAGGACUGCAUAGGAUAUAUAUAGCAUGCAAAAUUGUAUGAAAAUUGCCAUAAUAAAGAAGCUGAAGCAUG